UAUGUGUAGAUACGACACGAAGUUUCUUCAAGUUCAAGGAAAUUUGUCCUCCUUCUCAAAGAAAGAAUUUCUGGUUUCAAUCUCUUGAAAAUUGGAACACUUUUUCAGUCAAAUAAUGAAGACAUUGUUUCUUGCGGUUCUUCUUGCUAUUUUGGCAAGUUCAGAAUCUAAAGAUCUCUUUUGUUGGCUGUGCGCUCAAGGCAGUGGUUCUUCUUUCGAAGAUUGUAACACGAGAAACGUAGUUCAGAACUGUUCAAAACCCGAGUAUCAAGUAAAAGGAGAAAAACCUCUUGAUCGAUGUGCUUACUUCUCCUACUAUUCCUUGACGGAAAAAAAGAGAAUCUACGCCAAAAGCUGCACAGUCUCUUCUUUCUGCACUCCAGACGGAGAGAAAUUUUGUAAAAACGUCCGUGGAGGUGCUACGCAAUGUCAGGUUGAAUGCUGCCCUGACGAAAAGUGUAACGAUCAAGAGYAGUUCAAAGAAGUGAAAAAUUGGACGGUACCAUCUUUGCCUUCCACCCCUGACGACAAAUACUGGUGCGACUGGAAAGAGACAAACACCGGGGUUUCUAUUGUCAGUGGUGCUAUGGCAUUUGCAGCAUGCGCACUGGCAGGGAUACUCAUUUACUAGACACGCCGCGCAUCCUCGUAUAGUCAUUCAGUAUGCAAAAUAGGCUGUCAAAAACGUCUGUAGUAUUGUAAAAAUAAUGAAGAUUUAACUUUCAAACUUGUAUGACAAAUGAACUUAUUACAAAAUGACAAAACAUUAAUUAAAUCUUAAAUUCAACUUCA